AUGGACGCUGCCAUCAGAUGGUCACCUCAUUCAACACAGUACGCCCCAAGGUUCUUGAUCAUCGAUGUGGCUGCGAACCGGCUUCGGCUCUGCCAGAUCGACGGUAUCGAGGACAAUAAGGUGAGGUACAGUCAACUGUGCGUUCGUGACAAGCUCCCAAAUUACACCGCCUUCGACUGGUCAAAAAAAGAUGAACACACUGUGGCAAUUGGUUCUGCUUCGGGUGAAGCUGUCAUUGUCCGAGUGGAUGCUGAUCACCCAAAUGCCGACUACAUGCACUCAUUUCCAAUCAAGCAUCAGCGCAAGUGCAAUUCGAUAGCUUUCAGCUCCAAGAACUUUCUCGCCACGGGCCUGGACCGAGUUCGAAAUGAUGUCUGUCUCAACAUCUACGAUCUUAAUGCUACCAAUCUUUCAUCAACUUCGGAGCCGUAUAAGAAAUUGGCGAGCUCUGAGGCCAUUUCCAGCAUAAAGUUCUUCUCCAGCCAGCCAGACACCCUGGUUGCGGGCGUAGCACGGCAGUGCAUUCGUAUAUAUGAUCUUCGAGAUUCCGGUGCAUCGGGUGUUGCACAAUUCCCUACUCGUCAGGUGCACAACAUUGCUAUUGAUCCUUUGGAUGAGAACUACUUCGUAUCUGCGGGAACCGCAGGUGAUCCUACUGUUACUGUAUGGGAUCAGCGAUUCGUCAAACCGAGAACCACGACUGAUCCUUCUACCGCCGAAGCGGUGCUUGAGUUCCGACCUGUUGUCGAUAACAGCCGUUCCGCAACUAUUUGGAGCCUACGGUACAGCGGCACGAAGAAGGGAGCUUUUGGCGUUCUGGCCAAUACAGGGGAGUUCAAGCUGAUAGAGCACACUCAGCAUUCGCAUCGGCUGGAUCCUCAUCAACCUUCCAAACAUGGUCCACAUCCUAGGCUGUGGUCUUCACAGCAUUACACCAAAGUGUCCCACAUUUUGCGGUACCCUAGCUAUGACGACGGGUAUCACGGGGACGACAACCGCGUUGUAGCUUAUGACUUCAUGACUGCCGGCAGCCCCGUCAAUGGACCAUGCGCUCUGACUUUGCAUCCGGGCAGAGAGGUUGAGAUAUUGAAGGUUCCUACUCCGGCACCGAAAAUUAACGUGAGCGCCCUCGAGGAAAUAUUCAGGGACAAGACUGUCAUUGCAAGGCCAAGCCUCAGCGAAGGCACAAUUGCAGACGACCUUACUGAUCUGGAAAACGACCACCUGAAGAACCGAUACGAUAAUGGCUUUGACGCGAGAGACAGCCUACAAAGCCGCUUGGACAGACUAACCAUUGACCAUCCACAUCGGAGUAUUCCAUUAGAAUCUGCAACACUAUCGAGUUACCAGAUGCAUGAGAAACUUCUCACGUUAGGAUAUCCUGAAGUGAGAAUACCUCUUCCUGACUACCUCAAAGUCCUUCAAACUCAAAAGAGACGAUGCAAGGAAGGUUACAACCUAGACUGUCGCAGGAACAAGGAAAUAGUUGCUAACGAUCGAUGGCUGGUCGACGCGUGGAACCUCGUGGAAAGAAUGGACGCUCAUGCCUGGGGUGAUGGUAUGGUUGGCGGAGGGCUUGACCUAAAGUACCUUGGUGUUUCCGCCAUAUGGUCCAACAAGUUGGAGAUGUAUGACCAACGCUUAAUCGAUCCGGACGCCAAGACGUCGGAAGCCAUCUUUGUGGAGGCUGUGAAGGAGAUAUGCGAGAACAAGGAGUUCCCUCCGUUUUCCGGCACCUCUACUGCAUUCCCCGAGAACCGCCAACUAUGUCUUUCCCUCUGCGGUUGGCAUCUCUCCAAGAAAGGUCUUCGCGAACGAUGUUCGGUGCUCAUCAACGAAGGGCAGUAUUACAAGGCGAUUGUCCUUGCGGUCUUCCAAGGAUAUAAAGAAGUCGCGUUGGAUCUCCUGAAGGAGACCAUUCAACAGGGCAAGAUACAUAACGUUGGCCUGGGCGCUGUUAUCGCCUGCGAUUAUGUGAAUGAAGAUCAGCGCCAUCUGUGCUCUUGGAUGGCAGAGAUGACGAACGACGCCUACUUGAAGGCGCUCCUUGCCUACUUCAUUUCGGGAGACUGGGGAACUGUUGUUGAUAUGCCACAGUUGGCGCUGUCUGAUCGAGUAGGGGUGGCACUUAAAUACCUCAAGGACGAGCGUCUGUCACACUUCCUCCAUAUGGUCACCACGGAGACAAUCGCAUAUGGCGACAUUGAGGGUCUUUUACUGACCGGCUUCACGAAUAGGGCAAUGGACCUCUUCGAACAUUAUAUCGCCAAGUAUGGCGACUUGCAGAGUGCUGUUCUUAUCCUGUCGCGAGCUUGCCCGCUUUACAUUCAGGAUCCUCGCUGGUCCCUUUGGAGGGAUAUGUAUCUGAACCAGAUGCAAGUGUGGCGCACGUUUCUCGAGCGGACUCACUAUAUCAAAGAGCACAAUCUGCGAUGCGUUUCCCGGGAGGGACGAAGCGUCAACAAGCCGACCUCGCCGAGUUUGGCAAUCCGCUGCCACAAUUGCCAACAGAACCUGGCCCUACGGAAGGAUCAAAAGACUUCACGGCAAUAUUUGACUCCCGUUGGCGAUCGAAGCCGACCUCACCGUCCCGGGCCGCAACAAAAGCCUCAUCCAGCCAAAGGGGCAGCAUCAUCGCCGGCUCUGGCAUGUCCCAACUGCGGCGCUCAGAUGCCUCGUUGCGGCAUAUGUAUGAUGUGGCUCGGUUCUCCUGAUCCAAGCAAGGUCGGCGCAGCCCAGGCACUCAAAGAGGAGGAUCUCGAAGCCCGGUUGAUGGUUUUCUGUAUGAACUGCACACACGGUUUCCAUGGUCAUCAUGCCCGGGACUGGUUUGCGAGGCACGCGAUGUGUCCGGUACCGGACUGUCAAUGCAUGUGUGGGCUACUGAAGUAG